AUGGACAUUGUCGAGAGUGUCACCGAAAAUCAAGAGAACACGAAUGAAGAUGCCAUUAAAUCGGAGCAGGACAUUAACCAGAGUGAGAGUUCGCCCGAAAGCUCCGAGGAAGAUGAAAAUUGGUAUUAUAUGCCGGAUUCCAUACUUUUAAAUAUUUUUCAAUAUUUAACGCCGAAGGAGUUGAUAAUUGCUGGAGAAAUAUGCAAAUCAUGGCACAGGGUAUCGCGAGAUGAAUUUCUUUGGAAAGAUCUGUUCUAUCAGACAUAUAAAAUAGAUCCAGAUAUCGGCAUUAUGCCAGGAAAAACAUCUUGGUUAGGAGAAUUUAAACGUUUAACGUAUCAUACUCCGCUUUUACAAACAGAGGUACUUAAAGCACACUCUCACCAAGUUUUACAUGUUAGCUUCUCGCACAAUGGUAAAAUGUUCGCCACUUGUUCAAAAGAUGGAUACAUCUUUGUUUGGGAAAGUGAAUACCCUGUACGUAUAAAGUACCUUCAUGAUAUGAAAACAUUUAGUUGGAAAUACACACAGUUUUCACAAUUCAAUUCUUCUGAUACCUUGCUACUUGUUUCUGGUGUACACUUUGGUACACCUCUUAGCACUUCGGGUGAAAUUGCAGUAUUUAGAUUAGCACCUGGUUUUGAUCUUCAGUGUAGAGUAAUAAAUAAACCUUAUGACAUAUUUGGAACAUGGUACAGUGAACAUUACCUUUUAAGUGGAAAUUUGUGCUGGUUGGCACAUUUAGUUAGUACUAGUCUCUUGUGGCUUAAUAAGGCAAAUCAAGAGUCAUCUAGUGAACAUGUGCCUAUUAUGACACAACUGUUUAGAUUUUAUAAUGGUAAUGCUUCUUCAGUUCGAGCAAUAAUGGUAGCUAAUUGUUUAACACCUGAACAAGCUGAGUCUGAAGAGCAACAAAAUCAGCCUUCAUCUUCCAAUGUUAAAGGCGAAAGAGGAAAUCCACCAAGCCAUAAAGAUAUUUCAUCUACAUCUUCUAAUAAUAUUGUACAAGAAGAACCAGUUGUUCUUCGUCAUGCAUCGUCUAGAUUACAAUAUAGUACAUUGGAAGGUGGAUUUAUGAACUGGAAAAAACUUGGUGAUGGUUUUGAAUAUGCUAAUCCUAUACAAUAUAAUCAGGAAUAUAGACAAGUAGAAAUGGAAAAAAAAACGCAAGAAAAUUACAAAGAAAGCGAUAAUUCUCAAUGGGAUGAAGAAAAUGAAUCUGCAGAAUCGUCGAAUACAGAAGAUGGUGAUAACGAUGAGUUAUCAAACAACUGUGAAAAAUAUCUUAUUUUUACAACUGGAUCAAAAACUUACACACCGCAUCAAGUGGGUUUCAAGAGAAUAAAAAAUUUCAAGUUUCCUACACGAUUGGAUCCAGGACCAUCAUUGCGUGAAAGAAUAGCACAAAGAGAAAGAGAACGAGAGAGACAGAAUUCUUAUGCAUUUUUUACCAAUUGGUUGGAUUAUGAAUCUGUAGCUGAUCAAUUUGACAAAGUAGAUCACUUAAUUGAUUUGCAUGGGCACAUUAUAGGAAUGGGACUCUCUCCAGAUCAUAGAUAUUUAUAUGUAAACACAAGACCAUGGCCACGAGGUUAUGUCAUUACAAAUCCAUUACAACCUCCUCCAAUAGCUCAAGAAAUUGAUAUACACGUAAUUGAUUUAGUAACAUUAAAACAAGUUGGUACCAUGUUAAGAGCUCAUAAGGCAUAUACACCAAACAAUGAAUGUUUUUUUAUUUUUCUUGAUGUAUGUGAUGAAUAUGUGGCAAGCGGUGCUGAAGAUAAACAUGGCUAUCUCUGGGAUAGACAUUAUGGAGUGUGUCUAGCCAAAUUUCCACAUUCUGAUGUUGUUAAUUCUGUUGCUUUCAAUCCACGUGAUCCUGAAAUGUUAGUUACAACUAGCGAUGACUAUACUGUUAAAGUUUGGCGUAGUCGAGCUAUAGUUCGUUCACUGGAUUUAGACGAGGAUUCUUUCUCUAGAGGUAUGGAAGUACGUAAUAGGCGAAAAUUUCAAAAAAGCAGUUGUAAUGUUGAUUGA